AUGUCUCUGGGAUAUCAAGUCUACAAUUACUACCACAGUGAUCAGAGCACCUUGAAGGGGCCUCUGCUUUGGUUGUCAAGAGGGAGAGAGGCUAUUCCAAAUUACAGCUGUGAGAGACAGAGCAAAACUGUGGCAGUUGUUGGGGGAAUUUCAACAGCAUUUGUUCAGCAGUUGGGGGUAUUACUAGAACUCUACAAAUUUCCACAGACUUGGGUUGGAGUGAUUGUCUCAGAUAACUUGAAAGGCGAGAAGUUCUUCCAGGAAUUGAGUGAAGAAAUGUCCAAAGAAGGUGUCUAUACAGCUUUUACAGAGAAGAUGUCUGCUUCUGAGAGAUCUAACCCUAUAUCAGACAUGAAGAUCUUGACCAGGAUUAAUGAUCCAUCAUUGGUCAAUGUGACCAUUGUCUAUGGGGACACUGACUCACUAUUACUCCUGACUCUUCUGGAAAUAAAGCAUAUACUCACUUGGAAAGUGUGGAUCACUACUUCACAAUGGGAUUUCACCAUAACUGAGGAAAAAUUCAUACUUAAUUAUUUUCACGGGGCUCUCAUUUUUUCAAAGCAAAGCAGUGAGAUUCCUGGUUUCAGACAUUUUCUUCAGACAGUUAACUCUUCUAAAUACCCAGAAGACAUCUUCCUUAAUAAACUUUGGCUUAUUACUUUUGGUUGUUCUGUUUCUGAGUCUGACUGUGAAACACUAGAAAAAUGUCCACUAAAUGCUUCUUUGGUGUCUGUGCCUUUUUAUAAUUUUGGUGUGAGCAUGUCUGAUUUCAUUAAGUCUACUUUCUUUAUUCAGUUGUCCACUGAUGAACAUUUAGCUUGCUUUCAUAUUAUGGCUAUUGUGAAUAAUUCAGCUAUGAACACAGGGAUACGAAUAUCCCUUAAAAUUAAUGUUUUGCUGUCAUUUGGAUUUAAGCCGAGGAGUGCUGUGCUGGAUAUUAAUUUCCACAUUGAUUUGUUGAGGCCAUUCUCACAGCUCCACCAACCUCUGAGAACCAUUCAAUUUAUCAACAAUGCUGGUGACCAUGUAACUCUAGGUGAAAACAGAAACUCUGUUGCACAAUAUGAUAUCCUUAACUAUUGUGACUUGCCAGCUGGUCUCCAACAGCUGGUGAAAGUAGGGAUAUUUGUCCCAUGGGCUUCACAUGGUCAAGAGUUUAUCAUCCUUGAAAAACUGAUAGACUGGACAGUCAUAUUUGAAGAGCUCUCCAGAUACGGAAUCAACAUAAUUGCUGAUGGUUGGAUGAACAUAGACAAGGCUCCCAUCUCUAUAUGCAGUCAGAGCUGUAGCCCCGGGUUUAGGAAGACCCCACAAGAAGGAAAUGCUUCAUGUUGUUUUCGUUGUACUCUUUGCCCAGGGGGUGAGAUUUCCAAUACGACAGAUGCCCAUGAAUGUAUGAAAUGUCCAGAUAACCAGUAUCCAAACAGUAGGAAAGAUCACUGCCUCCCUAAGACUGUAACCUUCCUGGCUUUGGAGGAUCCACUCGGGACAGCAUUGGCCACAAUUGCCAUUUCCUUUUCUGCUCUCACAGCUCUGGUUCUUGCAGUCUUUGUGAAGUACAGACACACCCCCAUAGUGAAGGCCAAUAACAAGACUCUCAGCUACAUUCUUCUCAUCUCCCUCCUCCUGUGUUUCCUCUGCUCCUUCCUCUUCAUUGGGCAUCCCAACACAGCCACCUGCAUCCUCAGACAAAUCCUAUUUGGAGUGGUGUUUACUGUGGUGGUUUCAACCAUUUUGGCAAAGACUAUCACUGUGCUGAUGGCCUUCAGGAGCAUAACACCAGGCAGGAAAGCAAGCUGGUUUUGGAGGUCAGGAAUAUCCAGCUCAGUCAUCUGCACUUGUUUUUUUAUCCAAGUAACUCUCUCUGGCAUUUGGCUUGGAGUCUCUCCUCCAUUCAUUGAUAUUGACACGCACAGUGAGUAUGGCUUCCUCAUCAUUGAGUGCAAUAAGGGCUCAGUCACUGCCUUCUACUGUGCCCUGGGAUUCAUGGGAUUCUUGGCCCUGGUGAGCUUCAUCUUAGCUUUCCUGGCCAGGAACCUGCCUGACACCUUCAAUGAAGCCAAGUUCUUGACAUUCAGCAUGCUGAUGUUCUGCAGUGUCUGGCUUACCUUCCUCCCUGUGUACCACAGCACCAAGGGCAAGGUCAUGGUGGCUGUGGAGAUAUUCUCCAUCCUGACAUCCAUUAUUAAUAUGUACUUUAAUGCUAUUUAUAUAAAUCUGAUCUAA